AUGGCGGCCUUCGCACUGUCCGUUGCGAGCAGCACCGCUCCACCGUGCCGCCUGGAACUCUCCUCCCGAACUAUUCAUCAACUCUCCGGCCAAACUCGCACCACGGCAACGCGUGCCACCCAUUCCCUGGCCUCCGACUACGACGGAUUCCGUCAGACGUCAACUUUCCCGUCAACCUCCACCGUAUCUCACGCCGACGCGUUCACCGCCAGCAUCACCCGUCAGCUCGCUCCCGCCUCGUCAUCCUCCGCGCAUCGCGCCACGGUAUCCGCCGUCUUCGACCGGUUCACGGAGCGCGCGAUUAAAUCCGUGAUGCUGGGUCAGCGCGAGGCGAAGGCGCUCGGGCGCAAGGAGGUGGCGACAGAGCAUCUCCUCCUGGGGCUCAUCAUGGAAGACCGCGCCAGCAGCGGCACCGCCAGCGUGAAAGGUUACCUUAACACCGGUGUAACCAUCGACGGCGCUCGCGAAGCCGUUCGCGAAAUGAUUCGCGACGGCACGCUUUCGCCGUCCGAGGGGUCGGAGAAGCCCGCGUCGGAGGUGCCGUUCUCCGCGGGGAGCAAGCGGGUGUUUGAGGCGGCUCUGGAAGAGUCGCGGAAACUUCGGCACAAUUUCAUCGCGCCGGAGCAUCUGGUGAUGGCGGUGCUGAGCGUCGAGUUCGACGCCGCCGGGAAGCUUCUUGAGAGGCUGGGCGUGCCCAAGGAGCGCGUGCGCGCGGAGGCGGUGGCGCGGCUCAAGGGCGAGCUGGCGACGGAGGGGCGCUCCACCGACUCCAUCUCGCUCUCCGCCAAGCCCUCCGCCGCCUCCGCCAAGUCCGCGCCCGACCCCGCCAGGGCCGCCGCGCUCUCGUCGUCCUCCAGCUACAGCAAGAAGGGCUCCAAGAAGGAGAAGAGCGCGCUCGAGGAUUUCUGCAUGGACCUAACGGUCAUGGCGAUGACGGGCGACAUCGAUCCGGUGAUUGGCCGCGACCACGAGGUGUCGCGCGUCGUGCAGAUCCUCGCGCGCCGCACCAAGAACAACCCGCUGCUGCUCGGCGAGCCGGGCGUCGGCAAGACCGCCAUCGCCGAGGGGCUCGCGCUGCGGAUUGCGGAUAACGACGUCCCGGUCUUCCUGCAGGGCAAGCGCGUGAUGGCGCUGGACAUGGGGCGGCUGAUCGCGGGCGCGAAGGAGCGCGGCGAGCUCGAGGCGCGCGUCACGGGGCUCGUCUCGGAGGCCACUAGCGCGGGCGACGUCAUCCUCUUUAUAGACGAGAUCCACACCGUUGUCGGGUCCGGCGCCGUGUCGCGCGGCCGCGGCGCGGGGGGAGGGGGCGGCGGCGGGCUGGACAUCGCGAACCUGCUCAAGCCCGCGCUCGCGCGGGGGCAGCUGCAGUGCAUGGGAGCCACCACGAUCGGCGAAUAUAGGAAGCAUGUCGAGAAGGACAAAGCGCUGGCCCGGCGCUUCCAGCCGGUCGACGUCGCAGAGCCGUCGCAGGACGACGCGCUGCUCAUCCUGCACGGGCUGCGCCGCCUCUACGAGCGCCACCACAAGUGCCACGUCAGCGACGACGCGCUCAUCGCGGCCGUGCAGCUGUCGGCGCGCUACAUCCCGGACCGCUUCCUGCCGGACAAGGCGAUCGACCUGGUCGACGAGGCCGCGAGCCGCGCCGUGAUUGACGGGUUCAGGCGGAACCGGCAAAGGGAGACGAGCGUGCUGCACCGCGGCCCGGAGGAGUACUGGCGCGCGAUCAGAGCGGCUCAGGCGGCCAUCAAUGCGGUGGACGAGGUGCAGUCGCCCCUGGGGUCAGCAGGGGGGCCAUCAGCGUUUCUCUCAGAGGACCCCAAGCCCUCUGCGCCCUCUUCGCCCGCUGCCACCCCUUCCUGGUCUCCUGCUGGCGAUGGCGACAGUCUGUCCAUAGGUCCUGAAGACAUAGCGGCAGUGGCGUCUCAGUGGACGGGCAUCCCCCUGCAGCAGCUCACAGCAGACGAGCAGCGCCACCUCACUACCCUCGAGCCCGCGCUGCACUCGCGAGUGGUGGGGCAGCAUGAGGCCGUCAGCGCCAUCGCGCGGGCUGUCAGGAGAGCCAGAGUGGGGCUCAAGGACCCGAAGAGGCCCACAGCGGCCAUGCUGUUCUGCGGGCCCACUGGCGUGGGCAAGACGGAGCUCAGCAAGGCUCUGGCGCAGCAUUACUUUGGCUCGGAGGAAGCCAUGAUCCGCCUAGACAUGAGCGAGUACAUGGAGCGCCAUGCUGUCAGCAAGCUCAUCGGCGCGCCUCCGGGCUACGUGGGGUUCGGGGAGGGCGGCAAGCUCACAGAGGCCGUGCGACGCCGCCCGUUCUCGCUGCUGCUGCUGGACGAGAUUGAGAAGGCGCACCCUGACGUCUUCAAUCUGCUGCUGCAGAUCUUUGAAGACGGCCGGCUCACGGAUUCCCAGGGCCGGCACGUGUCGUUCAAGAACACGCUCAUCAUCAUGACCAGCAACGUCGGCUCGCAGGCCAUAGCGCGCGGCGGCGGCAACAGGGUGGGCUUUCUGCUGCCGGGGGCGGACGAGGCGGACGGGGGGCGGUACGCGGGGCUCAAGUCGUUGGUGAUGGACGAACUGAAGAGCCACUUCCGCCCCGAGCUGCUAAACCGCAUCGAUGAAGUCGUGGUGUUCCGAUCCCUGGAGAAGGACCAGGUGCGAGCGAUUGUGGACAUGAUGAUAAAGGAGACGUCCAUCCGUCUAUCAGAGAAAAACAUCCGUCUGGAGGUCUCAGAGGCGCUCAUUCAGCGCAUAUGCGACGAGGGUUACGACCGAUCCUACGGCGCACGGCCGCUGCGCCGCGCCGUCACGCGAUUGGUGGAGGACCCGAUCAGCGAGGCGGUGCUGUCGGCCAAUAGCGGCGGAGGGCUGGUGGCGGGCGGGAGCGUGUCGGUGGUGGGAGGGGCGUUUGAGGAGGGGGAUACUGCUCUCGCUGAUAUCGGGCCGGAUGGAGAGCCGUUUGUGAUGCGGAUUGCCAAGAAUGAACUGCUGAGAGUAGUCUAG